AUUGGCAUUGGUAAGAAAGUAAGAAACUGAAGAGACUGACAAGCAUGAACUAUGAAGCAGUAGCAGUGAAAAUUGAACAGAAGUGAAGAUUGAAGAAGUCACUGCUGACCGGUUUUUAAUCUGUUGGUAGGAUGUGUGACGUCUAGUCUAGCCGCAAUUUUAAGCCGUAUAGUUUGCUACCCAACUCGUAUACGUAUUCUGCAGUUACGUCGCAAGGCAUACGCUUCAGUAUUUUGCGUGUUAAUGCGUGCGUUGCACGGCGGUGACAUCGGAUGAGAAUUUCUCGAUUUUUUACGUUAAUAUCCGUACCAUAAAAAUGACCAAGCCACAAUUCAUAGCGACUGAUUCAAUCGACGGUGUGUGGCCCUUUUUACUCAGUAUCGAAUGGAAAGAUCCGUGGUUGGCACUUGUCUUAACUUUCCACGUUGCCAUCACAUUGACGGCAUUGAUGACCAGAAAUCAUGCCAACUUUCAAAUUAUCCUGUUCCUUGUACUUUUACUACUGGUUUACUUUUCUGAAAGUAUCAACGAAGUGGCGGCCACAAAUUGGAUGGUAUUUUCUAGGCAGCAGUAUUUUGAUUCAAAAGGGCUGUUUAUAUCCGUCGUUUUCUCGGUGCCUAUUUUAAUCAAUUGUAUGAUCAUGGUGGCGAGUUGGCUCUACCAAUCGAGUCAGCUGAUGACGAAUCUGAAAAAAGCUCAGCUUCGACAAAAAGUCAAAAGUCAAAAGCUGCAGUCGACUGAAGCUGAAUCCUCUAGUACUAAUGGCAGUAUCAGCAGGCAGAAACAGGAAUAAAAAGUUGAAUUCUAGUCAUAGCGUGGAAACGUUCAUCGAAUGGACAAAUUGUGUAUUUUAUAAGACACCAGAACAUUGUGAGCAAGUUCUAAUAAUUCUGGAAAACCUCAAGUCCGGCCUUGAGUUUUGUCAACUUGAUUAUAAAACAAUACCGCAGAAUCAAACAGUUUGGACUUCGUACAGUUUCCGUCUUGCAGCAUUUUAAAUGAGUUCAGCUGCACUUUUUUUUUAAAUAGCAUAAUAAUGAUUAUAACAAUAAUUAUAAUUGCAUUAUAAUAAACUUUUAUUGAUAUUUACAACUAUACCGAGAAAUUUUAGCCUAGUUUGUGAAGAGAUGUUGAUAAGGUAACGAACUCAUUCAAAACAUGUAUUGCAAGUGUGAUAAUAUCUAGUUUGAGAAUAAUCAUGUAAGCUCUUGAAACGGUUGUAUUGCGUCGAGGUACACUUCUGUAACUUUUCGCAGUCUAUUGAUGGUUUUUUGACGCACUGGAACUGCUUCUAUGCAAGAGUUGCCUCUCUUAUUGUAUAAAUGAUGUACUUAUUAUAUAACGAAUCAGUAUCGCGUUUAUUUAAAGAAUUCGAAGCCUAUUUCGCCUUUGGAUGAAAUGUAAAUUAAUUCAAAUUCGAGGCGACUAAGUAUUUGUAAUUUUUGAAAAAGCAAAAAAUUUCUCGCAUUAGCUUUUUUUUUUUAGGCAAAAAAAAAUGAAUUUAUGAAUGUUUUCUUGCCUUAAGUGUGUUGUUAUCGAAAAUGUUGUACUCAGUGCUUUUAACUUACGAUUAACCGUAUUACUUAUACCGUAAUAAAAUAUUUAUGCA